AUGCGCAUAUCUAGCUACGCAUCGCAGCCUUCAUGGACGGGUCUACUGGUUGCAGCUCUACUGGGCACUUCAACUGUGCAAGCAGUAGAACUGGAUCUUGAAGAUGGAGAUUCCAUCAAGAAAGCAGCGAAGCAGGUCGCAACCAACAUGAUGAGCUAUUACACUGGUAUGAACCCUGGUGACAAUCCAGGUAAUUUGCCCGACCCAUAUUACUGGUGGGAGGCUGGUGCGAUGUUCAACGCACUCAUCGACUACUGGUACUAUACGGGCGAUGACACCUGGAACGACAUUACGAUACAAGCGAUGCUCUGGCAGGCCGGAGAGAACAAAGCUUUUAUGCCCGCCAACCAGAGUAAAACUGAAGGAAAUGAUGACCAAGUUUUCUGGGGCUUCGCUGCCAUGACCGCCGCAGAGAGGAACUUCCCAAAUCCACCUGACGAUCAACCUCAAUGGCUUGAAAUGGCGCAGGCCGUUUUCAACACUCAAGCUCCCCGGUGGGAUAACACAUCGUGUGGUGGUGGCUUGCGCUGGCAGAUUUUCACAUGGAACAAUGGCUAUAACUAUAAGAACACCAUCUCCACUGGUGGAUUCUUCAACCUGGCUUCUCGCCUCGCAAGAUACACCAACAAUGCGACCUACCAGGAAUGGGCUGAAAAGGCCUGGGACUGGACUACCGAUGUUGGAUUCAUGACACCGCAGCAUCGCUUCUUGGAUGGAGCUGAUCUCCUCACUGGCUGCAAACCUAUCAACCAGAUUGAAUGGACUUACAAUCUGGGAGUCUACUUGCUUGGUGCAGCCAACAUGUAUAACUUGACCGAGGAUGUGAAAUGGAAGACGCGCACAGAGAAGAUUGUUCAAGCUUCUAGUAUCUUCUUCUCUCACAACCCACCCGACGUAAUGUAUGAGCGAGCCUGCGAGACGGUCAAUACUUGCAUGGUCGACCAACGGUCCUUCAAGGGAUAUCUUUCACGGUGGAUGGCUCAAACAACCCAAAUGGCACCUUUCUUACACGAUACCAUCAUGAGACGGCUGAAGGCUUCUGCCGCCGCAGCUGCCAAGACCUGCACCGGGGGUGAACGAGGCAAUGUGUGUGGUCUCAAGUGGACAGCCCAAAAGUGGGAUAAGACAAAAGAUUUUGGUCAGCAGAUGGCCGCCCUCGAAGUGAUCCAAGCCAAUCUCAUCACGCGCGUGGCGGCUCCAGUCACCAAGGAUGACGGCGGUACGAGUAAAGGAGACCCGAAUGCAGGCUCCGAACCACCCAAAAAAACCCCGACCGGCCUUGACUAUUCGAUCACUACAGGCGACAAGGCCGGUGCAGGUAUCUUGACGAUACUGAUGAUGAUCGGCAUCGGUGGAACCUGCGGGUGGAUGAUCUGGGACUGA